AUGGCGGUUGGCAAGAAUAAGCGUAUCUCCAAGGGCAAGAAGGGAGGCAAGAAGAAGACCGUGGAUCCGUUCAGCAAAAAGGAUUGGUAUGAUAUCAAGGCUCCGUCGGUCUUCAGCGUGCGCAACAUCGGCAAGACCCUGGUCUCCAGGACACAGGGCACCAAGAUUGCCUCUGAGGGUUUAAAGCACAGAGUAUUUGAGGUCUCCUUGGCUGAUCUUCAGAGUGAUGAAGACCAGGCGUACAGGAAGAUCAGACUUCGUGCAGAGGAUGUACAAGGGAAAAAUGUUCUCACAAACUUCUGGGGUAUGUCCUUUACAACGGACAAGCUCCGUUCGCUGGUUAAGAAGUGGCAGACACUUAUCGAGGCUCAUGUCGAUGUCAAGACCACUGAUAAUUACAUGCUGCGGCUUUUCUGCAUUGGGUUCACCAAGAGGCGGCCCAAUCAAGUGAAGCGCACUAGCUAUGCUCAGGCAAGCCAAAUCAGACAGAUUCGUCGGAAGAUGACCGAAAUCAUGAGCAACCAAGCUUCAACUUGUGAUCUGAAAGAGCUCGUGUCCAAGUUCAUCCCUGAGGUCAUUGGAAAGGAAAUCGAGAAAGCCACCUCUAGCAUAUUCCCCUUGCAAAAUGUCUUCAUCCGCAAGGUGAAGAUCCUGAAAGCACCAAAGUUCGACAUUGGAAAGCUCAUGGAGGUCCAUGGUGACUAUGCCAAGGAGGAUGUUGGUGUCAAGAUGGACAGGCCUGCUGAAGGUGACGAGGCAAUGGGAGGACAGGAGCGAUUAGGGCUCCGAAUCGCGUUUAAGCGCUGCGAAAUCAGUGCUGGGGCUUCGUCCUCGAGUCGUCCUGCUGCUGGAUGCCACCUCGUGUCCCGCGCCGACGCCAGUGCCUGUCCUCGGAGCCGCGGCGACGCCAGUGCCCGUCCUCGGAGCCGCCUCUCUCCGGCGAUCACCGGAGACGGAUACGGCCGGAGACGUCACUGCAGGCCGCGCUCGUGCACCGAAGCAGGGGCUUGCGGUUUUUUGCUGCUGCAGAUGUCUAGUAGCUCCAACGGCCAUUAUCCUGCUAAUGGUGCAAAGGUUCUUCAUAGAAAAGAAAAGAAUAAAGAGAAAGUACAGCUCGACAAAAAUGCAGCCUCUUCGGCCUGCCAGAAGGACAGGUAUUAUAUUGAGAAAUUAGAAACAGAAUUGAUGAACUGCUAUCAGGAAAUUGACUAUUUGCAGGAUCAGUUAAAUAUACAGAGCGUUGAAGCAAACAUCAUGGGGGAGCAUAUUCACAGUCUUGAACUGAAGCUGACUGAACUUGAAAAGUUCCCAGAAAGAGUGAGAGUGAUGGACAAUGAGCUGAUACGAUCUGAUUCUCAGUGCUGGCUUCUGAUGGAAGAAGUCAGAUGUAAAGAAGAGGAGUUGCAGAAGGCAGCCGCACAGAUAGAGAAGCUUGAAAGUACAGCUUUAGAUUCACAAUGCGAAAUUGAGAGCUUGAAACUUGAUUUGAGUAAUCUUGAGCAGAGACUACUUGAUACCGAAAGCUUUACCCAACAUGCUGCUGAGCACAAAGCUCAAAUUGACAAAUUAUUGGGAGAACAUGAGCUCCAGCUACACGAGGCACAGAGAACUAUUGAUCAACUUGUACUGGAGAAUAAGCAACUGAUAGAGCUAUUGCCUGUAAGAGCUCCUAAACAAUCCCCUUCUGGAUCUGGGCAGCAAGUUGACAAAACAUUGGAGAACGGUGUUCAUGCAGAAUGUGAAAGUGGUGAUAUAAUUCUUGAAAAGAUGGCAAAACGAAAUGAAGAAUCUGAACUUCUAAUUGAGCAGCUCAAGGAAGAGCUUCGAGAACAAAAGUUAAAGGCAAAAGAGGAUGCGGAAGAUCUCACCCAAGAAAUGGCUGAACUAAGGUACCAGAUAACAGGCAUGCUUGAGGAAGAAUACAAGCGUCGAUCUUGCAUUGAGCAGGCAGCUAUUCAACAUAUUCAGGAGCUGGAGACUCAGGUCUCCAAAGAGAAGACAAAGUUGAGUGGGGCACUUAGGCGAUUGCAGGAAUCACAUGAACUAGCUCACACACAAGCUAUGGAGAUUAAGAAGUUGAAGGCUGCUUUGGAGAGAUUUAACUCCAUGACGAACCUGGGUACAGUUUGCAAAUCUUGCUCUUGCGGGUUCUCUGCAAUGUUGAUAGAAUUGUCUAAUUGCUCGAUCGAAGGACCGUCAGGCGGCGCCAGACCCCCCAGUUCCAACCACAUUGAUGAGAAGUCACAGAACCGAGCUCGAAUAGAGUGGCGUCCUGGUGAAGCUUCAGAUGGUGACGGCGGGUAG